GACGUCUCCUUCCGGAUCCAGUUCUGUGCGGCUGCAGCCAGAGUUUUUAGUAUCGUUCUUUCCGCUACAGGCCUGGUCUGUGUAACGUCCUCGGCAGUGUACUGAGACUACACAGACAGACCUGUUUCACCUGUGCGUUUUACAGAACCUACGGAACAUCUUUCUGCGCGAAAUGAUGGCGACGCUGACGAGACCAAAGCGAAGGAACUCGGAGAAGCGCAAGGAGAAGUCUCGCGAUGCCGCGCGAGUUCGGCGCUCAAAGGAGACGGAGAUUUUCUACGACCUCGCCCACCAGCUGCCUUUGGCUCACAGCAAGAGUGCCCAGCUCGACAAGGCUUCAAUCAUGAGGCUAACCAUCAGUUACCUGAAGACUAGGAUGAUCUUUGCAGACGCGGGGGUCAUCAAGGUGGAGUCGUCCACGGACCAACAAAUGAGCGAGCAGUACUUGAAGGCGAUGGAUGGAUUUGUGUUGAGCCUGUCUGACGAGGGUGACAUCAUGUACCUGUCAGAGAACGUCUGCAAAUACCUGGGACUGACACAGUUGGAGCUGACUGGGCACAGUAUCUAUGACUUCACCCACCCUUGUGACCACGAAGAGAUCAGGGAUGUCCUGUGUACAAAAAAUGGGUACACUAAAAACAAGGCCUGUUCCUUCUUCAUGCGGAUGAAAUGCACACUAACCAGCAAGGGUAGGAACGUCAACCUCAAGUCAGCUACCUACAAAGUCAUCCACUGCCAGGGCUACCUCAGGUCUUAUAACAACAGCCAGCUGAACUCCUUGGGGUGCAAGGAGCCGCCCCUGCUGUGCCUUGUGGCCAUCGGAGAGCCCAUCCCCCACCCCUCCAACAUCGAGUUCCCGCUGGACUGCAAAACCUUCCUCAGCAGACACAGCAUGGACAUGAAGUUCACCUACUGCGACGAAAGAAUCACAGAGCUGCUGGGGCACGAUCCAGCCGACUUGUUGGGGAAGGGGGUGUACGACUACUGCCACGCGUUGGACGCGGAACGCUUGGAGAGAAAGCACAGAUGCUUGUACCAGAAGGGGCAGGUGACGACCGGUCCGUACCGGUUGCUGGCCCGACAAAGCGGCUACGCGUGGGUGGAGACCCAGGCUACCAUCAUCUACAACAACAGGACUGAGAAGCCACAGUGCAUCGUGUGUGUCAACUAUGUUAUCAGUGACGUUGAAGAAGAGGGGAGUGUGUUGUCGAGCGAGCAGGCCAGCCAGAAGACAUUCCCCAAGGUGGAGAAGAUCGAGGAAGACGUCACGCCCAGCAACCUCCCCAGCUUCGCCACCGAGGCCGCCGAGAUCUUCAGCAAGAAAACUCCUGACAUGGAGCCGGGAUUCUUCUGGGACGGCGAGCAAGCUCUGCGGGACAGUCCGGAGGAUCUGACACGAGUGGCGCCGGCAGCGGGAGACGCCAUGAUCCCGCUAGGCUUCCCGUCACCAGAUGUGCUGUUCGGCUCCUCCAGCCUCCCCGACAGCUUUGAGAAGACUUCUCUGGACCCUGGCUUCGGACAGGAAGACCUCUUCGGCGGCCAGCAGUCUUCGCCCCAGUACUGCAACCCCUUCGGUUCCUCGGACAACAAAGACACCUUCAGUCUCCUGCGGGACCCCAAACCCCUCCUGUCCCCCUUCAGCUCUUCAGACAGCAGUACCCCGCCGGUGUUAACGCCACUGAGUGACGAGACGGACACAGAAGGGCAGCCUAUUCCCACCGGGGACAUGGACUUCGUGGACCAGCUCAUGGGUCUACGGACGACGAGUGACAGUAACCUGACAGGGAUGGGGCAGCAGAAGGACCAGGGAGCGAACCCAGCCACCAACAAGCAGCGGCAGGAGAGUACCCUGGGAAUGAGAACCAGCAGCACCCCUGACCUGACAGCCAUCAACCCCAGCUUGGCAUUGGACACAGGGCAACGUACUCAGGGCAACGUACGUUCAAGGGCGGCCUGUAAACUGAAUGAGCGACCACUGUCAGCAGAAGAACUGAGUUAUCGAGCUCCGUACAUCCCGGCCUACGAGGUGCCGUUGGUUCCUCCCGACAACAGCGUUCUGGCAUCCCUUCUCGAGACCGACAGGCGGCGGUCGUUUGCACCGAACAGAUCGUACAACAACAACAACCCUUACGCCAACAUGACGCCAAGAAAGACUCAACAUGCGGCCCCGAGUAAAAACAGCUGCUCUGCUGCGGGGGACCUCCCGUUUGCGGCGUACGCCUCCCCGUCUCCGCAGAUGGUGACCAUGAACGGUAAACACCUCCGCGUGGCAAAGGUCUCCCCGAUGAGCCAGCCAAUACAAACAGACCGCGCGGCCAAGAUCACAGCCCAGCAGCUUAACAGAAACAUAUCAGGCAACACUUUACCAGAAGCCAGAGGCAUCACACACACACCAGGCAAGUACGGCCCCAUCGGAAAGCUAACUUUUGCCCUGAGCAGUAAGAGAAAGAAACUGGAAGAGGACGACAUCAAAGCGGCGGCUCCGGAGAAGAAACUACCACAGCCAGACAGAGGAGAGAAGACGGAUGGGUUCAACACUCAGCCUCAAGUUAAAAAGGCACGACUCAAGGCACCUAACCCACUUGCCACAGGCAGUAAGAGUAUCCUGAUGAGCCUUCUCUCACCGAGCGAUGACAUCGGGCAAACCUGUAGCUACAGAGGUCCUGACCCAGACAAAGUACAGAGUACCAGCGGACGCUCUGCCAACAAGAUUGACGUCUACAAACUGCUGAACUUUGACGACUUUGCCCUGGACGACGACUCCCUGCCUCCGCUGACGCAAACGGACGUUGAGGUGAACAUCCCCAUGCAGACGUGCAAGCUUCUGCAGGGCAACGACCUCAUGUCAGCUCUCGACCAAUCAGCAGCCCUCUUCUGAUCAGCUGACCUAAUGAUUUGGACUGCUGUUGAAGUUUCAUCCACAUAAUUGUACAUUAUACACAAACUGGUAGUAUGUAUCCAGGGAUACGGUCAGUUUUAAUUUGUCUGAUAGCACUUGAGUAUAUUAUUAUGAUCUUGGAAAUCUGUACAUACAUUUAUUGACGAGUUAACUUGUGAUUUGAUGGGAAAAGGGCUUGAGACUCCCUCAACUACAGAUAGACAGAAAUCAAACGACAUUAUCAGAGGCACAAAGCUCAAUCAUGUGGCAGCGUGCACACUGUAGAAAUAGCACACAAAACCUUCAACAUUUACAGGGAUUUACCUUCUGGGCUUUCCAACUUUUUCAUCAUUCUGUUACAAAAACGCUACAGGCUCACAUGCUUUUGCCAUGUUUGCUGUCCUAUGGGCUGUAUCUAGAUUAUGCCCAGUGUUGUCAUAUGUAAUUUAGAUAUGUAUUCAUAUCCAUGUGAUUUUAUCUUUAUGAUGUUGCUGUAUCAGAAGGAAGAAUGACGUUGGUUUGAUGUACGUGUAGUUGCAUUCAGAUAGAGCAGGACGAUAGACAAUCUGUUGCAGGCACAGUGGAUUUUUAAGUUUUUCGAUUACUGUCACCAACUUGAAAAAUGUUAAAGAAAAAAAAGUACAAAAUAUAUACAUAAGUCUAUUGCAAAAAAAAAGUGUUCUACUAAUUGUGCACCAUGGUUUUAUUUGUGAGAAGCACAUAGCUUGCACUGAAACAAGACUGCCAAGCUAAAUGCAAGUUUGGGACUCUACUACCAAGUGUUGGAUGGAAAUAAGUGUCACCAUUCUAACAUUCCAGUGUUUGAUACACAGACAACUGACACUUUUGUGAACACCUCAUGAACACUUUAUGAACACUAGCUGUGUGUGUGAAAUGGUGACAAUUUGGCACGACAUAACUGAUUUCAUGGUGCAAGGCUGCAUUCAGUCACAUUGACACAUUCAUUCACACUAAAAAAAUGUACAUAAAAUCAAAGGACAAAAAAAUGGUAGACAGUAUUUUUUAUAGAUCAUUGAGGAGACGCCAGCAGUUUCUAACAGGAAUAUAGUUUUAUGGGACUCUGAUGAAGAGAAAUGUUAGGUGCUAAAUGUACAAUGUACACUUAAACAUCAGUAAUAAACACAAAAAAAGGACAAAAUAAAAAAACCCAAAACAUAUCCUACAUGGGUGCUGUUGAGUGGUUAUAAAAAAAUUUUUAAAAAAGUAUAAAAUAGUCGCCGUUUGUCAAAGAAAAACCAUGCUGGAUAUUGGAGGUGAAUUUGAAGUAGAUUGUGACAUUGCUUGUGACAAUACUAACAGUUUAGGCCACACAGAUUUAAUUUCAUGAUUAAAAGAGUGCUCUUUUUUGUGUUUCUGCACCCUGCCCUUCUGAAAAUCCCACCACAGAGCACAACUUAAAUCAGACACGCAUUGGAAUUACUGAAAUAGGGCAGUUUAUUAAAAAAAAUAUACCGUACAAAUAAGGAUAAUUAAUAAUAGGAAAUGCCAUGUCAAACUAUGGCAGUACUUAGUCAGUAAACUAUCUCUAGACUAUAUUUAAUGCGAUUUAUGCUACCUGAAUACAAGAUUUGUUAAACAAGUCUGAGAGAAGUUAAAUAUGUGUGGCCUUGGAAGGAUACAGAUGUCCCAGUGAGACAAAAUAUCUGGAAAAAAGAAAUCACAAAUAUUGUAUGAGUGGCUAACUUUGUCAUCUCUUUUGUCUUCUGAAUAAAGUAUGGUGUGAUUUGAA